AUGGGAAAGCGUAAAGUGAAGCGAAAGCCACCACCAAAAGUGAAAUCAAUCGUUCCACUGGAGACACAAUUCAAUUGUCCAUUCUGCAAUCACGAAAGAGUGUGUGAAGUAAAAAUGGAUCGUGAACGAAAUGUGGGUUUCAUCUCAUGUAGAGUAUGCCUCGAAGAUUUCCAAACAAAUAUCAAUUAUCUAUCUGAACCAAUUGAUGUCUAUUCGGAUUGGAUUGAUGCAUGCGAGCAAGCAAACCGGUAA